AUGAGCCGCCUCACCGCGAACGCUCUCGGGUUACUCCUCAAGGAUGCAAUCUCCACGAGCUCCAUGCGUUUGGGUCGCGUCGUGCACGCCAGAAUCGUCAAGACACUCGAUUCGCCUCCCCCUCCGUUUCUCGCAAACUACCUCAUCAGCAUGUACGCGAAACUCGACCAUCCCGAAUCGGCGAGGAUCGUUCUCCGCCUCACGCCUGCCCGGAACGUCGUCUCUUGGACUUCCCUCGUCUCCGGACUUGUUAAUAACGGUCAUUACUCCUCCGCGCUGUUUGAUUUCAUCGAAAUGCGACGAGAAGGUGUGUUCCCAAAUGACUUCACUUUCCCUUGUGCCUUCAAAGCCUCGGGUUCUCUGCGAUUUCCCGUUACCGGAAAGCAGAUUCAUGCGCUUGCUGUGAAGUGUGGAAGGAUAAUGGAUGUGUUCGUUGGGUGUAGCGCUUUUGAUAUGUAUUGCAAGACUAGGCUCAGGGACGAUGCGCGGAAGAUGUUCGACGAAAUUCCUGAGAGGAACCUUGAAACUUGGAAUGCUUAUAUAUCUAACUCUGUGUUGGAUGGUAGGCCUAAGGAAGCUGUUGAAGCUUUUCUAGAGUUUAGAAGGAUCGGUGGGAACCCGAAUUCGAUAACUUUUUGUGCGUUUCUCAAUGCUUGUUCGGAUGGGUUAUUGCUGAAUCUAGGAGAGCAAUUGCACGGGCUUGCGUUUCGAAAUGGGUUUGAUGGAGAUGUGUCAGUGUGCAACGGGUUGAUUGAUUUCUAUGGAAAGUGUAAGCGGAUUCUUUGCAGUGAGGUUGUCUUUGCUGAGAUGGGUACGAGAAACGCUGUUUCUUGGUGCUCGUUGGUGGCUGCGUAUGUGCAGAAUCAGGAGGACGAGAAGGCGUCUCUGUUGUAUUUACGUUCUAGGAAGGAGAUUGUUGAGACAUCUGAUUUUAUGAUCUCAAGCACUCUGGGUGCGUGUGCUGGUAUGGCAGGUCUUGAGCUGGGGAGAUCGGUACAUGCUCAUGCUGUGAAAGCUUGUGUUGAGAGGACUAUUUUUGUUGGAAGUGCACUUGUGCAUAUGUAUGGGAAAUGCGGAUGCAUAGAAGAUUCAGAGCAAGCGUUUGAUGAGAUGCCUGAAAAGAACUUGGUGACUUUGAAUUCACUGAUCGGAGGGUAUGCUCAUCAAGGUGAGGUUGAUAUGGCAUUGGCGUUGUUUGAUGAAAUGGCACCACGUGGAUGCGGUCCAAAGCCAAAUUACAUGACGUUUGUGUCUGUGCUUUCCGCUUGUAGUAGAGCAGGGGAUGUGGAAAACGGUAUGAAGAUAUUUGAUUCGAUGAAGAGUUGUUAUGGCGUCGAGCCAGGGGCUGAGCAUUAUUCCUGCGUCGUUGACUUGUUAGGGCGAGCAGGGAUGGUGGAACGAGCUUAUGAGGUCAUAAAGAAAAUGCCAAUUCAACCUACGAUUCCGGUUUGGGGUGCACUUCAAAAUGCUUGUAGGAUGCAUAGUAAGACACAACUGGGAAUCAUAGCAGCUGAGAGCCUUUUUAAACUCGACCCUAAAGAUUCAGCCAACCACGUUCUGCUUUCCAAUACGUUUGCAGCUGCUGGGAGGUGGGCGGAAGCAAACACCGUGAGAGUGGAGAUGAAAGACGUAGGGAUCAAGAAAGGAACCGGGUACAGUUGGAUCACGGUGAAGAACCAAGUGCAUGCCUUUCAAGCCAAGGACAGAUCCCACAGAAAGAACAAAGAGAUUCAGAGAAUGCUGACCAAGCUGAGGAAUGAAAUGGAGGCUGCAGGGUACAAGCCUGACUCGAAACUCUCGCUUUAUGAUCUGGAGGAAGAGGAGAAUGCAGCAGAAGUCGCGCACCACAGUGAGAAACUGGCUCUAGCGUUUGGCUUGGUGGCUUUACCUCUCGGUGUCCCUAUAAGGAUCACUAAGAACCUUAGGAUCUGUGGAGAUUGCCACAGCUUCUUCAAGUUUGUCUCUGGGAGUGUUGAGAGAGAGAUCAUUGUGAGGGAUAAUAACCGGUUUCAUCGGUUUAGGGAUGGAAAUUGUUCUUGUAGAGAUUAUUGGUAA